GACAUUUUUUCUCUCAUCCUCUUAAAGAGCAAUUUUUUAAAGACUCCUCUUAUUCCUCCGUUGCUGCUACCACUACUACUAAUCAGUUUAAGGGAAAACAAUGGAAAACUGAUGUGCUUUCCUCGAGGAUGGACAAUUCUACCCUGUCAAUGUCAUCACCAAACUUUCUAAAGUCACCUUCCCGAGCUGGUGGUUUCAGAUUAGGCAAAUUAAGAGCUUCUAGAAUAGCUGAAAGACUCAAGCCUGAUGACGAUGGGGGGAAUAAGGAUGGAGAAGCAUCUAGUGGGAAUGAUGGGGAGGAUGAUGAUCCCUUACUUAUGGAUGAGGAAGAGAGGCAAGAAUGGAGGAGGAAGAUUAGAGAAGUGAUUGAUAUGAAUCCGGAUGUCGAAGAGGAGGUAGACCCUGUCGAGAGGAGGAAGAAGAUGCAGAAGCUUUUGGCUGAUUAUCCACUUGUUGUGGAGGAGGAGGAUCCUGAUUGGCCUGAAGAUUCUGAUGGGUGGGGUUUCAGCUUGGGUCAAUUCUUUGACAAGAUUACUAUUAAAAAUGUCAAGAAGGAUGAUGAUGAUGAGAAUUAUGAUAGUGAAAAUGAAUUGGUGUGGCAAGAUGACAAUUACAUUCGUCCAAUCAAAGACAUCACCACCAGAGAAUGGGAAGAGACUGUAUUCAAGGACUUCAGUCCUUUGAUUGUCUUUGUGCAUAAUCGAUAUAGAAGACCACUGGAAAAUGAAAGGAUGCGGGAUGAAUUGGAGAAAGCUGUAAAUAUCAUAUGGAACUGUCAGCUACCAUCACCAAGAUGUGUUGCAAUAGAUGCUGUUGUUGAGCUUGAUUUGGUCUCUGCUCUACAAGUGUCCGUCUUCCCAGAGCUUAUCUUCACUAAAGCUGGAAAGAUCUUAUACCGUGAGAAAGCGAUUCGAACAGCAGAUGAGUUGUCAAAAAUAAUGGCAUUCUUUUAUUACGGAGCAGCCAAACCGCCUAGCUUGAAUACCAUUGGAAAGAGAGAAGAACCAAUCCCUACCAUUUCAAUCACCAGCGAACAGUGUCAGAGUAAAAGUUGUACAUAACUAUAUAUCUAUGUACGCUAUGGUUUAGAGAAUGAGAGUUUCUGGGUUAGCGAUGCUGUGUUUACCAUGUUGUUCCCCAUACAGAUCAAUGGACACCAUGAAAAUUUGGCUCAUAUGUACAUUCUAGGGGAGAUUUAUAACUACAUUUAGCAAUUGUUUGUUAAUUUCAGUUUGAAAACUGAAAAUUUUGUUGUUUAGGUGCAAGAUGAAUAGAGUUUCUGUUUGUUUUUUUUUUUUUU